AUGAACACCACCAUAUCAAGCUACAUUAUUCUCUUGGGUCUUGUCUGCAUGUGCAGGAUGGAGGAGCAUGUGGUCCGUUCUAAGAGAGCCUGGAUCAUAGACUCAUUCAGUAUCGUAGAGGAACACCCUGGGCCGUUCCCCUAUGCACUUGGCCAUAUUAAUAUUGAACGGAAGUACAGAGUUGGGUUUGAUUUAUAUGGGCACGGUGUGGAUGAAGAUCCAAAAGGAAUUCUCUCCAUUGAUAAAGACACCGGCGUCCUAACAGUCCACGGAAAAAUAAAUUACGAGGAAUAUACGUCUCUAAUGCUGACCUUUGAGGUGAGGAACAAAUCGAACCUGGCUUUGGACACAAAGCUGGGGGUCAACAUAGAGAUUUUGGACAUAAAUGAUAACCCGCCACUUUUUCAGAGGAAUAUUUAUGAAUCCACAGUUAGCGAGCAAGCAAUGCAAGGAAGUUUCACCCUAACAGUGUUUGCCAUUGAUGGUGAUAGGCCUGGGACUCCAAACUCAACCUUUGACUACAGGAUCAUUUCUGUAACUCCUAACACACCCAGUGCUGAGUGGUUCAUUCGAGAUACUGGAGCAAUAUUAUUUAAAGGAUGUUUGGAUUAUGAGGCUGCUGAGAGAUAUACCAUUGUGGUUGAAGCAAAAGACCAUGGAGAGGGAGUCCAGCUCUCAAGUUCCACAACCGUCCUAAUUAAUGUGUUAGACGGCAACAAUCAUUUACCUGUUAUCACUGGCCAUACAGGCAGUGGUAGAGUGAAAGAGAGGGAAACCGGAGUUUCUCCUCUCCGAAUACAUGUAAGUGACAGAGACUCAUACCAAACCGGGGCAUGGAGGGCUAAGUACACAAUAUUAGGAGAUGUCGGGCAACACUUCAGUAUCGACACUGACCCAGAAACCAACGACGGAAUCCUGACUGUAAUAAAACCACUGGACUUUGAGGAAGGAGCUGAGAGAAAAGUGUCCGUCUCCGUCGAGAACGUGGAACCGCACUUCUCCUGCGAGGUGAAGGAGAAGACGGCAUCAGAGAUGUGGAGAGUGGUCACCACUGGUGACGAACAAAAGAACAGCAAUGAGAUGGACCUGUCAACAGUGGAGUUCAGCAUCAUAGUAGAAGAUAUCAACGACCCUCCUGUGUUCACUGUGCCAGUCAAAGAAGUCCUGGUGAAGGAAAAUGUAGAGAUUGGCUUCUAUGUUGAAACAGUCACAGCCGCUGACCAAGAUCUGGGAUUUGCUAAUGAGUUUGUGUACGCCAUAGGACAUGACCCUGGUGACUGGGUGAGAGUAGAUGCAAAAACUGGACAGAUUUUUACUACAUGUGUUCUGGACAGGGAAUCCAUUCAUGUGGUUAACGACACCUACACAGUCAUCCUCCAUGCCACCGAUAAAGGUGAUCCGCCAAUGACUGGAACAGGCACACUUCUGAUUCGUCUGCAUGAUCAGAAUGACAAUGUGCCCCAGCUGGUGACAAACUCAGUUUACAUUUGUAUGAUGGAUGAAGCCUCGGUGACUGAAGUUGCAGCUUCAGACUUGGAUGGAUUUCCUUACAGUGACCCCUUUAACUUUGAAAUACUAGGAGAUGUGGAGGGAAAAUGGAGAUUUGAGCCAAAUUAUGGGACCACUGUGCAUUUGGUGAAGGAGAAUGUUGUUCAUUCUGGCCUGUAUACGUUACUGGUCAAAGUGUCAGACAGACAGGGCCAGUUUGCUCUUCAGAACUUGUCUGUCACAGUAUGUGACUGCUCUGCCACGCCCAACUGCCUGUUUCGCAAAACCACAGGCGGCAUGGGUGCUGCGGCCAUUGUCACUGUGUUACUGGCCAUGCUUUUGUUCCUGGGGUGUUUGUUACUGUCUCUUACUGCAUCGUGCAGGCCAGAGAAGGUUAGCAUUGACACAGACUGUACAUCUGGAGAUACACUGCUUAAGUCCAACACUGAAACACCAGGGAACGAUUGCUCGAGAAUACAUACCAUAGAGGCACCAGGGAUGGAAGUGUUUGAUUAUGAUCCCCACCCGUAUGCUUUUGAGGGGGAUUUUGAAGGGGACUCCAACCCUGACUUGGAUUCCAUAUCCAUUCCAGAUGAUGAUUUCAGUUAUGACCAGCUCCUGGACCUGGGCCCAAGAUUUAAUCAGCUGGGCGUGAUUUGCAAAGCAUGA